AUGCAAAACCCACCUUCAACGGUAACCCAGGAAUCUGCACCGGUCUUCGAUUUCUUCACCCGAUUUAGCAGAUUCGCGUUGACUCACCGAUCUCCAUUCUCGAAUUCGGAUGCUUUUGUUCACUCGACAUCGAAUUCGUUGCAUUUCGAUGGCUUCCGGAGCUUACCCGCCGGAAACACCAGAAAAACCCGAGUCUCCAUGAGCUUAAACACUAAAAACACCGCCGGUGGAGCCAAUCUGCGUAGGUUUAUCAGUGAUUUCAACAGCUUUAUUAGGUUUCACUCCGAUCGGGUUGUUCCAGACAGUUUCGCCUCCGUCGGAAUCGGGUUGUCGAGGGAAGGAAAUGGGUUUGUAGAAGAUGCCUCCGGUGACUUUUUGGGUGAUGAAGGCUUGCCGUUAAAUGGUGUUGGAUCUGAUCGGCCAAAGAAAGUGUUGAUUUUGAUGAGUGAUACUGGUGGAGGUCACAGAGCUUCUGCUGAAGCCAUUAAAGCUGCAUUCAAUUUGGAAUUUGGGGACGAAUACGAGGUAUCUAUUACAGAUUUAUGGACAGAUCACACGCCUUGGCCAUUCAACCAGUUGCCGAGGAGCUAUAACUUUCUUGUGAAACAUGGUACACUGUGGAAAAUGACAUAUUAUGGUACGGCUCCACGUGUUAUCCACCAAUCUAAUUUUGCUGCAACUUCCACGUUUAUUGCCAGGGAGAUUGAGAAAGGACUGAUGAAAUACAAGCCGGACAUUAUCAUCAGUGUUCAUCCGUUGAUGCAACAUGUCCCACUUCGCGUCCUGAGAUCAAAGGGGUUACUGAAAAAAAUCGUCUUCACCACAGUCAUUACAGACUUGAGCACUUGCCAUCCCACGUGGUUUCAUAAGCUUGUGACAAGAUGUUAUUGCCCAUCAACAGAACUGGCUAAAAGGGCACUUAAAGCCGGACUUCAAACUUCACAAAUCAAAGUUUACGGCCUUCCUGUUCGACCUUCCUUUGUGAAGCCCGUUCGCCCAAAGGCUGAGCUACGGAGAGAACUAGGGAUGGAUGAGAAUCUUCCAGCCGUAUUGUUAAUGGGCGGAGGAGAAGGCAUGGGUCCGAUCGAGGCCACAGCACGAGCGCUAGGCGACGCUUUGUAUGAUGAGAACUCUCGGGGAGCCAGAAGGCCAGAUUCUUAUCAUUGGUGGGAGGAACAAGAAACAUCUCAGUAG